AUGGCAACUGGCAUUGAUGCGAAGUUGCUGAAGUCGACGAAAUUUCCGCCGGAAUUCAACCAAAAGGUUGACAUGCAAAAAGUCAACCUUCAGGUGAUGAAAAAGUGGAUCGCAAGCAAAAUAUCCGACAUACUAGGGAGUGAGGACGAUGUCGUCAUUGAGCUUUGCUUCAACUUGAUCGAGGGCUCUAGAUUUCCUGACAUCAAGUCUUUGCAAAUACAGCUCACCGGCUUUUUGGAUAAGGACACCGCGCCGUUUUGCAAGGAGCUCUGGAAGCUUUGCCUCAGUGCCCAAACCAGCCCCCAAGGGGUUCCGAAGGAACUACUCGAGGCCAAGAAAUUGGAACUGAUCCAAGAGAAGAUUGAGGCAGAUCGAGCCGCGGACGAAUCUCGCCGCCGACGCGAAGACGCAGAAAGACGGGAACAAGAAAUCAGUCGACUGAGGGAACGCGACCGUGGGGACCGUGGACGCGGCAUGGCGGACGAUUUGGCGAAAACAGAUCACGGUCCCCGGCCCAGAGAUAUCGCGAACAGAGGGAAAGAGGUUCUUUUCGUGGCAGUCAGCGUGAUAGCUAUGUUCCGAGAGACCGAGUCGCGGUGGGGAGACGACCCGGUCGUCGCCGUUCGCCCCCCAGUCGUGGUUCUCCGUCUCCCCCGCCUCGAGGUUCUCGGCGAGAUCGCAGUUCCUCUGUCGGACGGCCUUCCAAGCAGCGGUCCAGAUCCCCUAGACGAACAGCGCCCGGGCACCGUGAUACGCGACGGAAGCGUAGCCCUUCCAGAAGCCAAGCAGAUCACCAGGAAUCGACAGGAGAUCCCGGAGCAGAUCCUCGAGCAGUGCGUCAUCGCGAAGAUCGAGAUCCCGAAGUCGCAGCCCCAGACGCCAGUCAUAUAG